AUGGCUUCGACGCAACGAGGGGCGCCGACGACGACAACACGGCGGCGCAGCGCCCGGCACGCCUUUGCCGACGAGGAGGAAAGUGGCCAUCAGCAUCAUGUCGAAGCGCCGGCAGGGAAGAAGGCGAAAAAGGAGGCCACGGCGGUGAAUGGGGUGGGGAGGGGAGGCGCGAAUGCGGCGGCAUACGAUGAGGAUGAUGACGGAUUCACCUUUUCGCGGACACGGCCGAAGAAAACCGCGGCGAAGAAGGUGGCGGAAGCGGAACCUGCGCCAGCGCCCGCGACGAAGAAGGCUAAGCUGUCGAAGGUGGUGGAGGAACAACAACCGCCAGCAGAUGAGCCUGCGAAGAGCACGACGAAGAAGGCGAGGAAAUCUGUAGUUGCUGCAAUUGCACCGGCGGUUGCGGAAGAGGUCGCGCCCAAAAGGCGGAGAUCGGCAAGGCUAUCAGCAGGAACAAAUGCGCAAGAACAACAGCAGCAGGCUUCCACACCGGCGCCGGAGAAGGCAAAACGCCCGCGGAAAUCGACGGCGCAUAAGGAUAAGACGCGGACGCCGAAGCAGGGCAAUGAGGACGGCGUGGCGGUGGUCGGUGCAGAAGCGGAGGAGCGGGCGGAGGCCGAGCAACCCAGUCGCGAUGGCACCAAGAUCGCGCUCCCGUUCGCCGAUACGCCCAUCAUAAAGCGGAACAAGGAAAUGCGCAAGGGCGGAGGGGCGGGACACAGGCGGAGCAGCACCGGCUUGCGCGGCCGGCGUGCCAGCUCGCUGAUCGACAGCGGAACCUCGAAUGGUGCGCAACAAUCCCCCGACGAUUCCGGACCCGGAGAUACCGGCGAUCCCCUUUUGGAAACUAAAGCUGACGACGUGGGUGGUAUAGCGGUGCCGCACGCGGAGGUUCCGCCCGAGGAAUUCUACAAGCAUAUCGAGCAGAGUUUACCCGAGCCGAGGCGCAUGAAGCAGCUCUUGACCUGGUGCGGGACGAGAGCGUUGCCAGACAAGCCUACCGGAGAGGUCAAGGAUGCUAGCGCGAUCAUGGCUGCACGAGCGAUACAACAGGAAUUGCUGAAUGAGUUCGCGAGCAAAUCGGAGAUGUCGAAUUGGUUUGACAGGGAAGACGUAGAACCCGCAGCACUUGUCAAGAAGCCGAAUCCGCGGAACAUCGAGAACUCGGUGAAAUUGGGGGAGCUCGAGCAAGAAGUUAAGCGCCUACAAGAAGAAAAGAAAGCUUGGGAAUCGCUCUUGAAGACUCCGUCAUUAGGUUCUUCAUCUUCACCGCCGGAAUCGAAGGACAAGGGAACCCUUCCAGACGCUACCCAACCACCUGACGCAGCACCUGACAUCGACCCUACCCUUCUGGACGAUCCCGAGCAAGCCCGCAUCCUCGCAAGUCUCAACAGUCUUUCCCUGGAAUCCCUAUCAUCAAAUCCCGCCGAAGCAACCUCGACAGAAGCACAACCAACGUCAACAAUACGACCACCAAGCAUCUCACGAUCAGAGCUCGUUUCCCGCCUUCAAGCCAUCACCGCAUCAUUAGAGCCUCAAAUAGAUCUGUUUGCGGACGGCCUACACAAAGUCUCGCAGUACCGCGAUACAGCCGAGCGCGUGGCAACCCACAUCCUAGGAUCCGCAGCAGAGAGGAUAGAUGAGCGAGACAGGGAGGUCAAGAAAGCGGCUGGCACAGAGGGUAUCGGUCUUAGGGAUGCUCUAAAGGCAUUGGCCAGUACUCUGAACGAAAGAACAUAG